ACUUCUCAAAGACUUUCAAGUUUCCAGCUGGUUAUUCCUAAGUAACUGUCUUGCCCAGCUUCAACUAAGCUUUCUCCAGCUUUGUAGUCGCGGUUUGUGUCGUUUUAAACGUACGCCAAAACAAACAGGCACAAAAACUCUCUCCGGACCCUCGCACGUUGCUCAGUCUGUUCAUGAAAUUUUUGACGACCUCUUGCUAACAUCCUGCCACGCGUCCCAAUGAACAGCCAUCAUGCCAUUCAAUGGCUACCGUCUUACAUUGUUCCAUUCGUUUCCCUCUCAUACCCAACUUCUCCCCCCACCAACCCCGACUCGUUCCACCAUUCCGCGUACUACACUACUGGGCUGCUAGAUGGCUGUUUCAUAGUAACAUGCAUUGCUGUUAUGGCGAUUCUACGCGACGUAGCGCGCGUCUUUAUAAUGGAGCCUUUCGCUAGGUGGAAGCUCACCCGCACUUGGGAGCAAUCUAAUGCAUCGCAUAUCCAACAGAACGGCAACAAAAAUGGCGUCAUGAACGGGAACGGACAUGCUGGGCAUGCCAAUGGCGACUGCCCGCCAAAAAAAAUAAUGUCUCCGCGGGAUGCUCGUAAAAUCCAUCGCAGCGUGCUCAGGUUCGCAGAACAAGGCUGGUCGGUCAUCUACUACACACUCCAAUGGUCAUUUGGCUUUUAUAUUCACCAAAACCUUCCUACCCGAGCCCUAAACCCGACGGAAAUGUGGUCCAACUACCCUCAUAUUCCCCUUGCUGGACCUUUGAAGUUUUACUAUCUUACCCAGACCGCCUUUUACCUCCAUCAAAUCCUGAUUCUCAAUGCCGAGGCGCGAAGGAAAGACCAUUUCCAAAUGAUGACCCACCAUAUCAUCACAAUUGUCCUCAUGGUCGCGAGCUACCUCUAUAAUUUCACACGUGUUGGUUGCCUCAUCAUGGUCUUGAUGGACUGGAAUGAUAUUUUCCUGCCGGUCGCCAAAAUGUUCCGAUAUAUUGGUUUUUAUACCCUUUGCGACAUCACUUUCACAUGGUUCCUUAUAUCAUGGUUUGUGGCACGUCAUGUUUUCUUCAUCAUCGUCAUAUUAUCGGCCUGGUUCGAUGGCCCGCGGUUGAUCACUGUGGGCUGGGUGCCAGAGUUGGGACAAUAUUACUCUGAGUUUUCUUAUAAUACCUUUGUCUACCUGCUGGUGGUACUGCAGAUCAUCCAGAUCAUCUGGUUCGGGAUGAUUUGUCGCAUUGCAUGGCGUGUGAUUAGUGGUCAAGGCGCCUCGGAUGACCGCAGUGAUGACGAAAGUGAGGAAGAAAAGAAGAGCCAGUGAUGCUAGUACAUUAGAGGCAGGGGCACGAUAAUCAUUGAACAUUUAAUUGCGACACGUCGGCCUUUGCAUAUCUAGAUAUUUCUGGACUCAGAUACCAUACAAUUCAACCUUUUGGAUACAGCUUGCUAUAUGAGCGAACGACUCAUGAGUGUGCGACGAGGAGGCCAAUUGCCUAAUUGAGUUAUCCAUAAG